CGAGCGGGGAUACGGCCGGUGUUGGUGGCGCGCGGCCGGGCGGGACUGGCCGGCGUUGGUUGAGGCAUGCCGGAGCGCGGCGGGGGCACUUUUCGGAAACUCCGGGGCGCGGAGAAACAUGGCACUCCCUACGCUGCCCUCCUACUGGUGCAGCCGGAGGCUCCUGGAUCAGCAGAUGGCCCGACAGCGACACCAAGAGCAGGAGGCCCGGCUUCGGCAGCAGUGGGACCAGAACAGCCGCUACUUCAGGAUGUCUGAUAUCUGUAGCUCCAAACAGGCGGAAUGGAGCUCCAAGACCUCCUACCAGCAGAGCAUGCAUGCCUAUCAGCGGGAGAAGAUGAAGGAGGAGACGAGGAAGCAGCUGGAAGGCAGACGGGACAGACUCAGGCAGCUGCUGCUGGAGGAGCAGGACCUCCUGGCCAGAGAGCUGGAGGCGUCGCGGCUAAGCGUGGACAUGCAGGAGGGAAGGAUCCGGGAGCGGUGCGGCAAUCUGAAGUUGGCCCGAGAAGAGCAAAGGAAACUGAUUGCUGAACAACUUUUAUAUGAACACUGGAAAAAGAACAACCCCAGACUUCGAGAGAUUGAAUCAGCCCUUCACAAGGAGCAUGUGAUAAACUCUUGGAAAAUGCAGAAAGAAGAAAAAAAACAGCAAGAAGCCACCAGAGAGGAAGAGAACAAACGGUAUGAAAAUGAGCAUGAACGGGCCCGAAGGGAAGCGCUGGAGCGGAUGAAAGCAGAAGAGGAAAGGAGGCAGCUGGAGGGCAAGCUCCAGGCUGAGGCGCUGCUGCAGCAGAUGGAGGAGCUGAAGCUGAAGGAGAAGGAGGCCACCAAACUGAAGAAGGAGCAGGAGAAUCUGCUAAAGCAGCGGUGGGAGCUGGAGAGGCUGGAGGAAGGGAGGAAGCAGAUGGCAGCCUUCCGGCAGAAGGCAGAGCUGGGACGCUUUUUGAGACAUCAGUAUAACGUGCAACUCAAUAGGCGUACCCAGCAGAUCCAAGAGGAACUGGAGGCGGACAAGCGCAUCCUGCAGGCGCUCCUCGAGAGGGAGGACGAGAACCAGCGCAUGCAAUUGGCCAAGAGGGCGCAGGCCGUGGCCGACGCGGCGUGGAUGAAGCAGGUCAUCGAGGAGCAGCUGCAGCUGGAGAGGGAGCGGGAGGCAGAGCUGCAGCUGCUGUUGAGGGAGGAGGCCAAGGAGAUGUGGGAAAAGAGAGAGGCAGAGUGGGCCCGGGAGAGGAGCGCCCGAGACAGACUGAUGAGUGAGGUUCUGACAGGGAGACAACAACAAAUACAAGAAAAGCUUGAACAAAACCGACGGGCACAAGAGGAGUCCCUGAGACACAGGGAGCAACUUAUUCAGAACCUUGAGGAAGCCAGAGAGUCAGCUCGUCGUGAGAAAGAGGAGAGUGAAGAACUGAAAUCAGCCAGGAAACAGGAGCUGGAGGCCCAGGUUGCAGAGCACCAGCUGCAGGCAUGGGAAGAGGACCAGCAGCAGGAGGAGGAAGAAGAGGCGGCGAGGCAGGCAGAGCGGCUCACCGACACCCUGCUACAGCAGGAGGCGAAGACGAUGGCCAAGCGGGGCUACCAGCCCAAGCCCUACGGACAUCCCAGAAUUGCUUGGAACUGACUUUGUUGGGAACGUAAGCACAGAGAGCAGGGACGCUGAGGCCUGUGAUACGCAGGUGCCAGACAGUUGUACCGUGUUCUGUUCGAGUGUUCGGGUCACUGCGGAACAGUUCAGUGAGCCUGUUCGGGUCCACAGUUACCCAGAGCAAGGGCCUCACCGGACUAAGGGGUUGUGGAGAGGCAGCACCCAGCAGGAGGCCCUUUCCUGCCUUUCGUAUCCAAGGAUGGGGCUCUUAGAGUCACACACUGACAAUACUGUCACGCAGUCCCUAGACUUAGAAAGUCAGACUCUGCAACCGCGCUAGGAGCUGUGGGGUGGGUCCCGUGACAGGAUAUAUGGUUUCCUGUUGCCUCAAGCUAAUUGUCCACCGCCAGUGAAGACUCCCACUGGAGAGAUGAGGGAAGUUUCUCAGUUCUUAAACUUGCUAUUUAAAUUUCAUUAUUUGGUUGCGAGCAAACUCGUAAGUCUUCGUGCAGUUUAUUUCAGGGUUUAUUAAUUUAGCGAUCCCAGAAGGAUCACAUCUUGUUUUCUGGAAGAAAAAAAGCUAUGAACUCUGAGACAGUCUGAUGUGCUCCACAGAUGCUUUCUGGAAAGGUAGCAAGAAGUGGGUGUUUCCUCCUUCAGGAAACAUUUGGUAGAACUUCCACAGAGUGCCCUGUGUGGGCUGAUCCCAACAUGUAUGUGACUGAGCCCCAGAAGGGAGCCUCAAAAGGCCACCUGGGUGGCUAACCUUUGGGCAUAACACUUUGGACCUCUUGUGUCUUGGGAAGGUCUUGGCAAUAUGCAGCCUUGUGGGAUGUGUGUGUGCAGAGGAAGGGGCACUGAACCUGAAGGAAGUAGAUCACACUCAACCAGACUGACCAGAACUGCCUCUUCCCACUGUUCUAUCAACAUGACACAGUUCUAGAGUAAUCUCGGCAUGGAGUACAAGUUCCCUGCAGCAAUAAUCAUAUUUUUAUGACUUGUUUUUUUUUUUUUUUUUUUUCAGAUUCUUCCUCUGAGGUUUCAGUUUUCAUUAUAUUGUAUUUAAGAUUGCCUGUCUCAGUAAAUUACAGCCAAUUAUAGGGCUAUGUGCCAGGUUAUUAAAAACCUGAGUUUAUUAAAAAAAAUCCUGAGUGUAAGGGCUGCAUUGCCUUCCCCAUGCAUUGUGCUAUAAAAACAAAUGGAGCAGCAAACUGCAUCCUUAAUAUGUUUUUCGUUUUCUUGUCUUGAAUUUCUUUGGCUAUGAUCCCCUGAGCACCACUUUCAUUAUGCUUGCUUGUAUUUGCUUCCCGUUUGAGACGUUCAUUUAUUGUGAAAUAAAGUUCUGGU